AUGCAAUAUAAUUUGGAAGGUCGUUUUCAAUUCAUAAGCAACAAUGUUUUUUGUUUUUUAAUCGAUAAUUACAUAUGUUUUCUAGAUUUAAUAAAAAAUGAGAAAAAAUAUUUGUGUAUCAUUUCUAACGACAACUUUAAAGAAGUUCUUUGUGAAUCCAAUAAUUCAGAAAAUUUAAAAAAAGAAAUAAAAAUAAAGUUAAUAAAUACUUUAGAUGAAAAAGUAAAUCAUACAUUUCAUAUAAAGAAUUUUUUUUGUAAUAAACAAAAUCAUUCGUUAGUAUUAGUGAUAAAUAAGAAUUUUAUUAAUAUACUAUAUUUUAUUACUUUUGAUACUGAUGACUUAAAUACUUUUGAUAUAAAUUUCACAAAAGAAAUAAAAUCAUCCAUAAAAGAUAUAAUAUUAACAAAUGAUAAUAUUUUUGUUUUAUUAAAAAGAGAAAAAAAUGAAAAAGAUAAGAGAAUUACUAACGAGAUCAAAUUAAAUAGCAAAGAAGAUAAUUUAAUAAAUAACAAUGAAAAUGAGGAAAAAGAAAGUACAGGAAAUUAUAGUAACACAAAUAAUUAUAUGAAUGUUAAUAUUUUUAAUAAUUCAAAUUUAAAAUAUAAUAACAAAGAAUAUUUUGUUUAUAUAUUUGAAUUAUUAAAUAAAAAGGAAGUAUCUUUAAAAAAAGUUUUCAUUCCAAAUGCAUCUAUUAAUUUAAAAAAAAUAGCAUUGUGUCCUUAUGAUGAAAGCAAAAUUAUUUUUUUGUCAAAAAAAAGUAUUGUAUAUAGUAUUCUGAAUAAAAAUUCUGUUAAUUUAAAAAAUGUAAAUGCUUCAAAAGAAUUGAUUUUUAAUAAUUCAAUUAUCACAACAAUAUGGAUAGAUUUCUAUAUAUUUAUUAUAUGUUUUGAGAACAAUAAAUUGCUUUUUUUAAAUUUUUCAAAUAAUUCUAGACACUUUCUAUGUUUUAAAUGUUUUAAUAAUUACUCCAAAAUAACUUCCUUAUUUUAUAAACAAAAUUACUUAUUUAUCUCAUUUAAAACAAGAGAAAUUAUAUGUUUUAAAAUAAAUUAUGACUUAAUUCCCCUUCAUAUUUUUAAAAAAGUUAAUUCUAUUGAAGGAAAUUAUAUAAAUGUUAAAUGCUUAUUUAAAAAAAAUAAAAUUAAAAAGAAAAAUAUAAAUAACUUAAAAUGCUCUAUUCAUAAUAAUAAUUUAAUACACAAUAAAAAUGAUGGAGAACUAGAUUUAGUAACAUUAGAUAUAAAUACAAAUAAUAGUAAAAACAAACUCAAAGAAUUUAAAAAUAAGGAUAUUAAUACUAGAGGUAAAAAUUAUAAGAAUGAUAUUUCUAACACAUAUAAAAAUACUUUUAACAAUAUCCUAAAUGAAAUAAACGAAUUAGAAAAUAAAUUAAAUUCAAAAAAUUGCAAUUUAUUAAAAACAGCAGAAGAUAAAAAAACAAAUAAUUUUAAAAGAACAAUGAGUAGUAACACUCUGAGAGUAUAUAAUGCUUACUUUAAUUCAGAUUUAUUAGCAGAAUGUAAUUAUGAUAGCAAUAAUAAUAAAAGUAUCUUUGAUUUUAAUAGGUUAAAAAAAAAAAAAAAAAAAAAAUUUUCAAAUUUUAAUUACGAUGAAGAAAAGGUAAUUGAUUUGCUUGAUGUUAUUUCAAUAAUCAAUUUACAGAAAUAUUUAGUAAAUGAAAUUAAUAGUUUUUAUAUUUUUUUAAAUUAUUUAUUUAUUUUAUUAGAUAGUGGUUUAUUAUAUUAUACUAAAAAUUUCGAUGAAAACAAUUUUAAUUUACAACAAUCGUCUAACUUUUAUUUUUGUUCAUAUUAUUCAUUAAGUAAAAUUAUUGAUAUAAAAAUAAAAAAUUCUGACAUAUAUACUUUAGAUAAUCUAUAUAUAUUAAAAAAUUACUCUUUAAAAAAUAAUGAAUUAAAUAUUAUAUGUACAAAUAAGAAAAUUAAAUCAUUUAAUUGUUUUUCAAUUUUAGAAGGAAAUAUUUGCAUAUUUUUAUCCUUAAUUGAUGGUUCAUUUUAUUUUAUUAAUAUGAGCAAUCAUAAAAUUUUGUUAUAUAAUAAACUAGAAAAUUUUUUUAAGAAAAAGGCCCUUUUAAAUAAACACAUUGAAUUUAGUUUCUUUAAUAAAUUAAAUGAAUAUAUUCAUAAUGGAUAUUUUAAAAUAGGAAAUUACUUUAUUUAUUUUUUUUUGAUUUAUUCUUUGCCACACGAAAAGCUAUUUAUUUACUUUAUUUAUAAAAUUAAUAUAAAAAAAUUCUUUAGAAAUAUAGAAGAGGGUUUAAGUAUUAAAAAAAAAGAUAAACUAACUUAUUUUCUACCGAGUUUUUCUAUAUAUAAAAAUGAUCAACAUGAUUAUUUUUGUUUUCUAGUAGCAGAUGAAAGUUUAAGAAACUUUUAUUUUUUUUUUAUAGAAUUAACAGAUAAAGAAGAUUUAAAUAAAACAAAUAAAAUAAAUAUUUUUUUUUGUCCUAUUAGACGAAAAAAUAUUGUUUAUGGAAAGAUAAUAGGAAAUUAUUUAAUUAUAAUUGAUUAUUUUUUUAACAUAUUUUUUUUUUAUAUAAAAUAUAUUUUUUCUGAUUAUACAAAUAAUACUAAAGAUAAUAAUUUUAUUCUAAUUGAAAAUAAAGAAAAUUUUGUAUACAGAAUAAAAAACAAAAGUGGAUAUCAUAAGGAAAGUAUUCGUGUGAUUAAAAACGAUAUAGAAAAUACAAUUGAAAAUUUUUUUUUAAAAAGAAGAAAAAAGAAGAAAAGAAAUAACAACCUUUUAGAAAAUAAAAAAAAGAUAGAAAUAAGUAUAUACACUUUAGAAUUAGAGGAGAUAUCAUUUCAUUUAAAUAUAAAUAAUGAAAAAUUACAAUUUAUUAAUGAAAGAAUAGUAGAAAAAAAUUUAUGUUAUAUAGACAUCAUUACUAAAGGAAAUGUUUUAAUAACUUUUUCUUUUAAUUGCUUUUCUCAUCCUUUUGAAAUAAUGUCACAAAUUAAUAUGAGUUUUCAACCCUACUUAGAAAAAAUAAAUUCCUUUUAUCAAAUAAAAAUAAAAAAUAAAAACUAUUACUUAUUUUUAAAUAAAAAAAAAAAGUAUCUUCAUUUAAAAGAAAAUGUAUUUGUUAGAGAUAUAAAUAAAGUAGAAGAUGAAAAUGAAAAAAAAAAUGAGAACAGUAGAAUUAUUUUAAAUGAUAAUUUUAUAACUACAUACUUUAAUAAUGUUUUUACAAAAAAUUAUGAUGAAAAAAUAUUUUUUUCUUUAAAUGAAUUAAAUGAAUCAUUUAUCUGUUCUAAUGAUAUAAAUUUUUGUCUAAAAAAUUUCAAUAUAAAUUUUUUUAAAAUUAAUGCCACUUUAUGUAGAAAAGAAAUGCAUAAUAAGAAAAAAAAAUUUUUUUUUGAUAUAAUAUCACCAGAAAGUAACAAAGAAAAAAUUAAAAAAGAAAAAUUAGAAAAUAAAAUUUCAUCAAAUACAACCAAUUUUUUUUUUGAUAGUGAAUCUAUUAUAUUUACAUUUCUCAAUGAAAAUAAUUAUGAUUUUUCCUUUUCAUCUUGUUUAAAAAAUUAUAAAAAUAAAUUCUAUUUGUAUGAAUUAAACAAGAAAGAAAGAGAAGAAAAAGAACAAGUUAAUCAUUUAAGAAAUCAACUAAAGGAAUUAAUUAAUGAAAAUAACAAAAAUACCUGUGUAAAAUUAGAAAGAAGCAUAUUUUUUUUUGAUAAAAAGCAUAUUAACGAGUCAGAAAUACUUAUCAACGAAUUUGAAAAAAUCAAAAGAACGUUUGAAAAACAAAAAAAAGAAAAAGAAAAAAUUAUAAAAAAAUUAGAAUAUAAAUGUAAUAUAUUAAAUGAAAUAGAUAUCCUGUAUGGUUUUAACAAAAAAACAUAUAUUGCAAAUGUAUAUAAAAAAAAAAAUCCUGAUAGUUGUUUUAUAUAUAAAAAUAAAAUAAAAUUUUUAAGAUUUCUUCAAAUAAAAGAGCAACAUUUUUUACAAAAUGUUGAAAAAAAUAAUGUCUUAUUUUUCUUGAAAACACAAAAAGAUUAUAUUGAUCGAUAUUUAGAAGAUUUUUCUUCUAUCUUUUUUAUACAUUAUUAUCCAUGUACUAAUAUUAAUUUGAAUUUUUUAUAUUCAAAUUUAUUUAAUCCAAAUAUAUCAGAUAACGAUAUAGACAAUGUUCAAUGGAAUUAUUUAUUAUAUUAUCCUUAUGAAUUAUUUACAAAUUCUAGAAAAAGGAUUCAAUGUUAUGUUUUGCAAAUAUUAAUGAAUCAACAAAGAAAAAAAUUUCAUACAAAUUUUUUAAAUUUAAAAGAAGAAAAAAAAAAUUACUUAAAAGAAAUAAAUUUUUUAUCAAAUAAACUUAAAUUGUGUCUAGAAGAAAUAGAAAAAUAUAUGACAAAAUCUUUUUCUCAUAUGAUUGAUAUAAAUUUAUUUAAAAAAGAUUAUAUAGAAAAAGAAAAAAAUGAAGUUGUAAAUACUUCGAAUAUAUAUGAUGAAGAAAUUUUUUUAAAAAUACAAUUGAAUAAAUUGAAAAUUGAAAAUGAAAAUAAAUAUAAUUCAAUAUUAGACGAAAAUGAAGAUAAUAAUUUAUAUGGAAAAAAAUAUAAUGAAUUUUUUAACUUAAAUAAAGAAAUAAACAAAACUACCGAAAAAGAUAUUAUAAAAAAUAACAAAAAUAAUGAAAAGAAUGAAAAGAAUGAAAAUGAUCAAAAAGAUCAAAAUUGUGAAAAUAUAGACUCGGAAAAUUUAGAUAUAUAUCAAAAAAAAAAAAAUGAUAUUAGGAAUAAAAUUAUAGAUAUAAAAAAUUACAUUUAUCAAAUAAAUGAACAAUGUGAGGAAUUUAACAAAAAAUUAAAAUUAUUACAAAAAAAAAAAUACAACAUACAUAAACUAAUAAUGUUACACGAAUUUUAUUGUAUUUCAAUAUAUGCCAUUUUAAAAAAUGAAGAAAAUAAAUUUAAAAUAUUAGAAAAUGCAGAAAAGAAACAAAAAAAAGUUGAAAUUCUUUUAAGAGAUCUUUGCAAUUUAAUAAAUAAUAUGAAUUUAAUAGAAAUUGAUAAUGAAUUACUACAGGAAAAGAAAAAACUUAUAACAGAAAAGUAUAACAACACUUUAAAAUUACAAGACUUGUUAAUAGAUAAAAAAAAAAAUUUUGAAAAGAAAUUCAUUCAUGAAUGUAUGAAUUUUGAUGUUUUAGUAGAACAAAAAUAUGAAAAUGUUAUAGGAUAUGAUUUUGAUUCAAAAAAAAAUAUUUUUUUAAAAAAGAAGAUAAUUCAAAAACACAUUUUGGAUUUUAAUCAAAUAAUGAUUGAAAAUUUUGAGUUACAACAAAAUAUUACUGAUGUCAAAUAUUUAAAACAAAAUUGCGAAUUUUUAUCUUCUGAUAUAAAUAAUAUAAUGAAUUCUUUAGAAAAAAAAAAAAAUGAUAGAGAAAGUAUUUUCAAAAUAUCAGAACAUAAAUUAAGAGAGCAAAUAAAUAAUAUGGAUACAAAAAUUUCAGCAACUAAAACUGAAAAUAUCAUUUUAAAAGAAAAUAUGCAAAGUUUAAUAAAAGAAAUAAAUGAAAUAGGCUUAAAAAAAGGUAACUCAAACUUUUUAUUAAAACCUGAUUACAUAGAAUUUCUAAAGGAAGACGAUGAAAAAGUAGAAUAUAAAGAAGUAGAAAGAGAAUUAGAAAAUAUUGAAAUGUGUGAAGAUAAAAUAAUAGAGAAUAAAAGGAAUGAAAAAGAUAAAGAAUCAGAAGAAAAUAAAAAUAAAUUAAAUGAUAAAGUUAAUGAAGAAAAAAAAAAAAUAAAAAUCUUAUCUACAAAAGAUAUUUAUAAUAAAAGUGUUUUUCUAAAAAAAAAGUAUAAAUAG